AGCAGUUUGAGCUUGAAACUUAAACUUGCUGCACGGGUGCACUCGGAUAGUGCUGAGAUCAUACCGUUGGAACCUGACCAGGGUAAUUCCUGCGCAGGGAGCAGCUUCUUCAGGUCCUUGCGCCACACGCACGCGCACACGCACGCGCACACACACACACACCAUGUCGCUUCUGUGAACAAUUUAUAAAUGGCUGGCCAGUCGAAGACGCAGAUUGUUGGGAGAGCGUCACUUGUCAUCUGAAAGAGGGAGGUGAGGGAGGUGAGGGAGUUGAGCGAACUCUCUGUCCAAGUCUAGUGGAACUCUCCGACUCUUCUCUUUUGCCUCUUUUGUGCCCAGACUUGGUCAUGGCCCUCCACAGCUUCGUCGCUGCUUAGAUUGCACAGAAGACUGGCCUUGCAAGGGGCAAAGGAUAGAUUAACAGUAGACUGUAUUGUCAUGAUAUUGUCGAGAUCAUGUCAAAGGAUUUUUACUCGUUGCAUUUAGAAGCUUGGGAGAGGUCUUGCAAUGAUGAGGCCUUGCCAUCCUCAUCUGCUCCGAUUGUGGGCGCCGUGAGCCACAACAAAGGCCGUUCUCUGCCUCCUGGAACUGGGUCUGUUCCAGCUGCUGGAGCUGUCGCCAUUGCAGGGAUCAGCUUGGCAUCAGACAGGAGGAGCAAGAGGACAGUGCGUCGCCAGAUGGAUCGCAAGCGGACCGUGACCAAGGACCCCUACAAUCCAGAGUUCAAGGAUGCCUUCCAGUUUAACGAGGCAUACCCCAGCUCAGAGAAGAUCUAUCAAGAGAUCACCUAUGAGCCAACUGGAGAAACACUCCGUGUUCCCCAUCGCCGCAUUCACCUGUCGGACGAGGAUGCGGGCUGCGACCAUUUGGAUGUUUAUGACACCUCCGGUCCUGCAGGCUUGAAUCCUCGUGAGGGCCUGCCUAAGCUUCGCCGUAAGUGGAUUUCGCAUCGCAGUGCGGCUGAAGAUGGCACCUGUACUCAAAUGUACUAUGCCAAGCAGGGCAUCAUCACAGAGGAGAUGGCAUUUAUUGCUGCGCGUGAGGGCAUGGAUGCCGAGUUUGUCCGUUCAGAAGUGGCGCGUGGCCGGGCCAUCAUCCCUGCCAACCGCAAUCAUCCAGAGUCGGAGCCAAUGAUCAUCGGCCGUCACUUCAAGGUGAAGAUCAACUCGAACAUUGGUAACUCUGCAGUUGCAUCCACAAUCGAAGAAGAAGUCGAGAAGUUGCAAUGGAGCGCCUUGUGGGGUGCUGAUACUUUGAUGGACUUGAGCACUGGAAAGCACAUCCACGAGACGCGUGAGUGGAUCAUUCGCAACAGCGCCUUGCCGGUGGGCACCGUGCCGAUCUACCAGGCCUUGGAGAAGGUGGAUGGUAUUGCGGAGAAUCUCACUUGGGAGGUCUUCCGUGAGACGCUGAUUGAGCAGGCUGAACAGGGUGUUGACUAUUGGACUAUCCAUGCUGGUGUUCUCCUGCGCUUUGUACCUCUCACUGCUGAGCGCCUCACUGGCAUCGUCAGUCGUGGUGGUUCCAUCCAUGCAAAAUUGUGUAUCUCCAAGCACGAGGAAAAUUUUGCCUAUGAACAUUGGGAUGACAUCCUGGAUAUCUGCAAGCAAUACGACGUGUCCUUGAGCAUUGGUGAUGGUCUUCGUCCUGGCUGCAUCAAGGAUGCCAACGAUGAGGCGCAAUUCAGCGAGCUGAAGGUGCAAGGUGAGCUCACCAAGCGCGCCUGGGACAAGGGUGUGCAGGUGAUGAACGAAGGGCCGGGACAUGUGCCUUUGCACAAGAUCCCUGACAACAUGCGCAAGCAGCUUGAAUGGUGUCAUGAGGCACCAUUCUACACCUUGGGCCCCCUGACCACAGACAUCGCCCCUGGCUAUGAUCACAUCACAAGCGCAAUUGGGGCAGCCAACAUUGGAGCUAUGGGGACAGCAAUGCUUUGCUACGUCACUCCCAAGGAGCACCUUGGUCUGCCCAAUCGGGAGGACGUGAAGGCUGGCAUCAUUGCUUAUCGCAUCGCUGCACAUGCUGCCGACUUGGCCAAAGGGCAUCCAAGGGCCCAAGAGUGGGAUGAUACUCUUUCCAAAGCCCGCUUUGAGUUCCGUUGGAACGACCAAUUCAAUCUUGCGCUGGACCCUGUCACCGCCCGUGCCAUGCACGAUGAGACAAUUGGUUCGGACGCUGGGAAGUCUGCACACUUUUGCUCAAUGUGUGGCCCAAAGUUUUGCUCCAUGAAGAUCACCGAUGACGUUCGUGCCUAUGCCGCAGAGCGCGGCUAUGCCGAGGACGACGCAGAAAAAGUCCUUGAGGAGGGCAUGAAAGAGAUGAGCAAGAAGUUUGCCGAGGUUGGCAGUGAGGUCUACUUGCCCAUGAACGAUUUGAUGUAGGUCUCAUGGAGUGGUGAACAGGCAAUCUGUUUGUACAGAUGUCUUAGCUCUGCAAUGCGGUAACCCUGGCAGUCGCCCACAUCACGAACCGUGCCUCGCGGGUGCGACUUGCAUCACUUUUCAGAAACAAUCUGGCGCCAGUUGCCAAAGGGUGGAGCAUUCAGAGUGCUCAAGCCCCACGAGUCUGUUCCUCACGUGAGGCGUAUUUUCUAAGAAGGGGCCACAAGAUUGGCGUUCCAAGUCCCCUAGCUAAGCCUCAAAGAAGGAGUUCGCGAGGUUUGCAAAAUAGAGCAAAUGUCAUGCCGAAGUUGCCCAUGAUAGAGCUCUCAUUGUAUGUCUUGUGUAGGUUGUUGAAGACAGAUACUGCUAUGAAUCUAUUGUGCCUGCAUGCAUAUAAAUGUGUAGAAACAAUAAAUACAUAAAUAAGUAAAUUGAUUUUAUAUAUAGUAUUAUAUCACGAAAGCCAGCCGAUAGGCAAGGCUUGAGGUUGCUGGAGCGAAUGGAGAAAUGGGGGUUCUGGGCGGGGAGUUUUUGUUGGUGUGUUGCUUGUUGUGAUUUUAUGUUGAUGUUCAACGUUUGUUCCUUACCUUUGUUUUGCUGGGGUCUUGUUAUGCGUGUUUUAGGGGCAUAACUUUCACUUCAUUGUUUGGAUUGAAUGAAGGGGACAAUUGUUGAGGUGGUCAGAAUUUCCAUGUGUAGGUUC